ACCUAUCUAGGAAUCAACAGCCCACGCCCCUUUUAAAGUUAUAAUUAAUAUGUCUGAUCUCAAAUCAACUGCUUCUACUGGUAUUGAGAGUUGCAAAAGUGAACUGAGUGCCUUGAGUGAUGAGAUAUGGAGGAAUCCUGAGCUGGGAUUCAAUGAGCACAAAGCACACGAACUCCUCACAAACUUCCUCGAGAAGAAAGGUUUCACUGUGGAACGCUCCUACACUGGUAUCGAAACAGCUUUCAGGGCCACCUUUGGCUCUGGGAGACCCAAUGUGUGUGUGAUCUGUGAAUACGAUGCUCUGCCUGAAAUCGGUCAUGCAUGUGGACACAACCUCAUAGCAGAGGCUGGAGUUGCCGCUGGUUUGGGUUUAAAAGCUGUUUUGGAAUCGAGUGAUGCCCUGAAAGGAAUGGUGACCGUCUUAGGAACACCUGCUGAAGAAACGGAUGGAGGAAAGAUAAAUUUAAUAAGAAACGGAGCCUUUGAGAACAUUGACUUGUCAAUGAUGGUACACCCAUGCCCAACGAAUAUAGUUAGUCCCCAAAUGCUUGCCCUUGAAGCCCUGAACAUUACUUACACCGGCAAGGCAUCUCAUGCUGCUGCUUACCCCUGGGAGGGAGUGAAUGCACUGGAUGCUGUCGCUCUGGCCUACAAUGCAGUCUCAUGUCUACGACAACAAAUGAAACCAAGCUGGAGGGUACAUGGAGUGAUUGUAAGUGGAGGGGAAGACCCAGCCAUUGUUCCGGAGAAAACCACUCUCAAAUAUUACAUUAGAGCACCCACAACACAAGAAUUAAACGAAUUCAAAGUUAAGGUACUGAACUGUUUUACAGGUGCUGCUACAGCUACAGGGUGUAGUGUUUCAAUCGAAUCAGUCCCACCACUGUUCAACGAAGUAGCGAGCAAUGGGGUGUUAGCAAAGCUUUUUGCCUCAAAUCUUAAAAUAGAGUUCAAAAUGGAGGGAGAGCUAACUAUUUCCACAGACAUGGGAAAUGUAUCAUACAUCGUUCCUUCCAUUCAUCCUAUGUUUGCUAUCGGCUCUGGUGAAGUGAACCACACUCGAGAAUUCACUGCCGUGACCAACACCCCUGAGGCGCACACAGCUACUCUGACUGUUGCCAAGGCCAUGGCUCACACAUGCAUUGAUGUGCUUACUACUGAUGGAUUGUUGGAGAAAAUAAAAGAAGACUUUGAAGUACAGCUACUCUGACUGCUGCCAAGGCCAUGGCUCACACAUGCAUCGAUGUGCUUACUUAUAUACAGACAUGUAAACUGAAAUGUCAUGACUUUUAAACGUAUACAAUCAUUCAUGUAAUUAAGCUUACCAUGCAAUCAGUCAAACAAGAAUAUCACUUAAUUGAUUGUGCUCACUGUACGUAAUUAUACAUGCAGUACUCUGAUUAACGGAUAAAUAAAAGCUAUAUAUAUAUAUACUCUGUAGUCUGUAUAAUUAUACUCAUUGAAAUUAACCACCAUAAAAUGUUCGCCAACAAUGCACAUGCAAACAGUACAAAAAAUAUUAUUACCAAGAGUGUAUAAAAAGAGAGAGGGCAUGCAACGCUUGCGAGCAAAGUGGGCGGUGGAAAGUGCAGUAAUGUCAAUCAUAAUAAAGUUGUGUGUACAGUACAUAGUAUCCGGUCUGUGGCUUUAGUUUUUGCUUGCAUGUAGGUUGAUAGUCAGUUGCUUGCCCUCUUUCUUUUUAUAUUGUUAUUACAUUGAUUGAGUGGUUACAUGAAUAGUCUGUCCACCUACAUAUACGAUAUCCAUGUGCAAAUUAUGCUACACAUGCAGCCAGUCACUGACUCGUAAGUCUUGACCUUCACUUUUUC